UGAUUAGGCUCAUUAACAGAAGAUAGCCCAGAGGGAGUUAUCUCUGAGUCAGGCGGCAGGACAAUGAUGGGCCAUGAACAGAAAGAUGGUCUGGGUGGAGGAGGCAAGGAAACACUGCCCCACCUGAUUUCAACACCUCAUGAGGAUGGUGAUAGAAUACACUGCAACCCAGGACAGCUCUCCAGAGAACCCUGUGUACGCGGGGGAAGGGCUGAACCUGGUGGCUCUGCUUGACCUGUCACCAGCAGCCGGGGAAUAUUUGGGUGCACCGUGGAGGUGGCAGAAUGUUGCUGGUAGAAGCCCCCUGUGAGGUCACAAAGCCAGGCCCUGGUGUGCAGUGUAGGUUGGGUGUCACGGGCUUCAGCAGCAGUGGCAGGAGCAGCAGCAGCUGCAUCAUGGUGCAGGCACGGUGGGCCCUAACUCUCGUCCUCCUCCUGGUGGCCCUCCCAGCCCAGGAUGCUGGGGCUGCUCCACGGCAGGCACAGGCAGUGGGUAGGUGGGCAGGCCAGGGCCAGCACCCAGCUCUGACAGAUCCUGAUGAGCAACAGCAACUUGGAAUUCAGCUGACACACUUUCUCUCUAAAACACCCGAGCGUGAGGCUGUGCCUCAGGAGGAAGCACCUCAGGAAGGCCGUCAGGCAGUGCCAGUCCCUGAGGAAAACACCAGGGCCUUUCACACAACGAGUGUGUCAGGUCCAGAGUAUCAAGAUGGAAGGAGACAAUCUUCCCUGGAGACAUCCAAAGUGCUACAUGAAAUCCUGAGGGAGAUGAGGGUGAUACUAGCAGGUGUGAAGAGCCUGAGCCUCAACAGCGCUGUCAGCAGGAGAUCCACCAGCACUGGGAAUGGCAGAGCAGACCCAGCCGAUGAGGAUGAUGAUGAGGAUGAUGAUGUGGAUGGUGGGGCAAAGCCAUACCUUGUAGUGGGCAGGGCAGACCCAAAUGCCGUGGAUGCUGAUAAUUUCCAGAAGUACUGCAUCGAAGGCAUCGUGGCGGUCCUUGGCUCGAUGCUGCUGGGAAUGGUGCUGUGUUGUGUACUCCACGUGUGGAGGAAGAGGAGAAAGCGCCUCGCAGCUUCCAAAGCCAGUUUGGAGCGCCCAGACAGCCGGACAGAAGCCAGCAGAAUAUUUGCAGGAGUAUAAAUAAAGAUCAGCAGCACAAUCAACUGUGUUUUUCUGGCAGCAAACUCCCAUGAGUGCGACUACACCCUUCAGAACCCUGGGGGUCCCCUGGCUUCUGAGGGGGUGUGGGGGGCCCCACGACACCACUGAAUCUAACUUGCCACUGAUUCUAAUUUUUUCUAAUUUGAUUUUCACUGCAUGAUCCAUGCUGUAAGCAAUACAGUGACCCCGGACAUCACAA